CCCUAGGGGCACAAUGGCAGCCACAGUCAAGAGGCAGAGGCCGAGGAGGCUAACCUGUUGGGCCGUGAUAGCUGUGCUCUUGGCAGACCUAUUGGUCCCGAGUGACACACUGGCAGUGAUGUCUGUGGACCUGGGCAGUGAAUCCAUGAAGGUGGCCAUUGUCAAGCCAGGAGUGCCCAUGGAAAUUGUCUUGAACAAGGAAUCCCGGAGGAAAACUCCAGUGACUGUGACCCUGAAAGAAAAUGAAAGAUUCUUUGGAGACAGUGCAGCAAGCAUGGCCAUCAAGAAUCCAAAGGCCACACUACGUUACUUCCAGUACCUCUUGGGGAAACAGGCAGAUAACCCCCAUGUGGCCCUUUAUCAAGCCCGAUUCCCAGAGCAUGAGCUAAACUUUGACCCGGAGAGGCAGACUGUGCGCUUCCAGAUCAGCCCGCAGCUGCAGUUCUCACCGGAGGAGGUGCUAGGCAUGGUUCUUAAUUAUUCUCGUUCCCUGGCUGAAGAUUUUGCAGGUGAGUGGCCAAUCACUUUAAAACUCUCUGGGAUAGUCAGGUUCCUGUGCAGAUGUUGGGCCCCUGUGUGUUCCUCAUACUUUUUUCUUCUUCCUUUUCUGAACAGGUUUGACCGUACCCUGGGGGGCCUGGAGAUGGAGCUCCGACUGCGUGAGCACCUGGCUGGGCUUUUCAAUGAGCAGCGCAAGGGCCAGAGAGCAAAGGAUGUGCGAGAAAACCCACGUGCCAUGGCCAAGCUGCUACGUGAAGCUAAUCGGCUCAAAACAGUCCUGAGUGCCAAUGCUGACCACAUGGCACAGAUCGAGGGGCUGAUGGACGAUGUGGAUUUCAAGGCAAAAGUGACUCGAGUGGAGUUCGAGGAGUUGUGCGCAGACUUGUUUGAGCGGGUGCCUGGGCCCGUACAGCAGGCUCUGCAGAGUGCCGGGAUGAAUUUGGAUGAGAUCGAGCAGGUGAUCCUGGUGGGUGGGGCCACUCGAGUCCCCAAGGUUCAGGAGGUGCUGCUGAAGGCCGUGGGCAAGGAGGAGCUAGGGAAGAACAUCAAUGCAGAUGAAGCGGCCGCCAUGGGAGCUGUGUACCAGGCAGCUGCACUGAGCAAAGCCUUCAAGGUGAAGCCAUUUGUAGUCCGAGAUGCAGUGGUCUACCCUAUCUUGGUGGAGUUCACCAGGGAGGUGGAGGAAGAGCCUGGGGUUCGUAGCCUGAAGCAUAAUAAACGUGUUCUCUUCUCCCGGAUGGGACCCUACCCUCAACGCAAAGUCAUAACCUUUAACCGCUAUAGCCAUGAUUUCAACUUCCAUAUCAACUAUGGAGACCUGGGCUUCCUGGGGCCAGAGGAACUUCGGGUAUUUGGCUCCCCAAAUCUGACCACAGUGAAGCUAAAAGGUGUGGCUGAGAGCUUCAAGAAGUAUCCUGACUACGAGUCCAAGGGCAUCAAGGCUCACUUCAACCUGGAUGAGAGUGGUGUGCUCAGUUUAGACAGGGUGGAGUCUGUAUUCGAGACACUGGUGGAAGACAACCCAGAAGAAGAAUCGACACUGACCAAACUUGGCAACACCAUUUCCAGCCUAUUUGGAGGUGGUACCUCACCAGAUGCCAAAGAGAACGGUACUGAUACUGUCCAGGAGGAGGAGAGCCCUGCAGAGGGGAGCAAGGAUGAGCCUGGGGAGCAAGUGGAGCUCAAGGAGGAAGGCGAGGCCCCAGUGGAAGACACUUCUCAGCCCCCAACCCCUGGGCCUAAGGAGGACACAGCCCCUGAGGAAGAAAAGGUCUCAGAAGAAGAGAAUGCAUUCAAGGCAGAGGCCCAGAAGCCAAGUGAGAAGGGGGAGGCAGGGCCUGAGGGCAUCCCUCCAACCCCAGAGGAAGAAAAGAAGCAGAAGCCUGCCAGGAAGCAGAAAAUGGUAGAGGAGAUCGGAGUGGAGCUGGUUGUUUUGGACCUGCCAGAUUUGCCAAAGGAUGAGCUGGCUCGUUCGGUACAGAAGCUUCAGGACUUGACACUCCGAGACCUGGAGAAGCAGGAACGGGAGAAAGCUGCCAACAGCUUGGAAGCGUUCAUCUUUGAGACCCAGGACAAGCUGUACCAACCUGAGUACCAGGAAGUGUCCACCGAAGAGCAGCGUGAGGAGAUCUCUGGGAAACUCAGUGCUGCGUCCACCUGGCUGGAGGAUGAGGGUUUCGGGUCCACCACAGCGAUGUUGAAGGAGAAGCUGGCUGAGCUAAGGAAGCUAUGCCAAGGGCUAUUUUUUCGGGUGGAAGAGCGCAAGAAGUGGCCUGAACGGCUGUCUGCCCUUGAUAAUCUCCUCAACCAUUCCAGCAUGUUCCUCAAGGGGGCCCGACUUAUCCCAGAGAUGGACCAGAUCUUCACUGAGGUAGAGAUGACAACGCUGGAGAAAGUCAUCAAUGAGACCUGGGCCUGGAAGAAUGCAACUGUGGCUGAGCAGGCCAAGCUUGCCGCCACAGAGAAGCCCGUGUUGCUCUCAAAAGACAUAGAGGCCAAGAUGGUGGCCCUGGACCGUGAGGUACAGUAUCUGCUCAAUAAGGCCAAGUUUGCUAAGCCGCGGCCAAGGCCCAAGGAUAAGAAUGCGACCAGGCCAGAGCCUCCCGUCAAUGCCAGUGACCAGGGGGAGAAGGUCAUCCCUCCUGCAGGCCAGACUGAAGAUGCAAAGCCCCUUUCAGAACCUGAUAAAGCAGAGACUCGGUCUGAACCAGUAGACAGUGAGCCUCCGGAGUUAGGAGGUCCUGGAGCAGGAGAAUCUGAACAGAAGGAACAGCCAACAGGACCCACAGGACAGAAGAGGCCUUUGAAGAAUGAUGAACUAUAACCUCCACCUCCCAUUUCCCCAUUCAUCUCCACCCCCUUCUCCCACCACCUCUAUUUAUUAAACAUCAAGUGUGGGGGGAGGGGUUGGUCCUGCCCUGGUGGGGGGAGCUCAAGUUCCUUUUCUCUCACCUGUGAUUGGAGGUGUGGGGAAGGGGAAGGAAGAGACAGCUAACUGGUUCCUUCUGCAGUAGCUCUGUGUUUAAAAACUGAAAUUCUUCUCUUCCCCAGUCCUGCCCCCUGGUUCCCUACCCAUCUAGGCCCUAAAUUUGGGAAAAAUCACUAUUAUGUCUUAAUACUUUGCCUGUGGGUAGGUGAGAGAAUGGCUGUUAGUGGUUGACCGAGACCUGGUGGUGAGAAGGAUGUUGUGGGAAUACUGGGGAGUUCCCAGUCUUCUCUGGUCAUUCUUCUUCCCUCCUUUCCUCUUCCACCACGACAGCAACAUCCCGUUCGUGCCAGUGUCUGCGGGGCCUUGGUGACUAGUUUGGUUUCUGAGUGCCUAUCUAUGCUCUUUUCUCCCUCCAUGGUCUUCUCUUUCCCUGAAUACACCCACCCCCAUCUGGCUGCUUUUCCCAUGGGUUUCCUUGACCUCCUGGUGUAAGUUGAAUGGUUCUCUGCCUCUUGCCCAAAGCCCUUCAUGUGGAGUGGCUGAAGUAAGUCUAAAUGUGUUCCCACCUGUGUGGAUGACCCUAGUGGCCAGAAUAGGUUGGGACAAAGAGAAGGGAAUCUACCGCCUGCCUCUGAGCGCCAUGCGUGAAAGCCCUGGCUCUCCCAUCUGUGGGCUUUUGGGGGCAUGGGGAGUGGAUGGUGUGAGAUGCCAGCAACCUGCAGGCUCUGUCAAAAUCUUUAUCUUUCCAGCAGCCUGGCAGCCCAGGUACCUGUAACUACCUGCUCCCUUUUCUUUCCUGCUGUCCUGCCCCUCCAGACAGAUCCUUUCUCACCCCUCCCUCAACCCUGGGCUGACCAAAAUGUGCUUUCUACUGUGAGCCCCUAUCCCAAGACCCUGGGGGAAGACCACAUGGUGUGAAUGUAAAGUUGCCACCUCUUUGAGGCAAGCUUUGUGGGUGAAGGAAGGUCAGGGCUAGCCUUCCAUUGCUCUGCUAGGUUUGGAGCGGCCCUGCUCACCAUGCUGAGGUCUAGGGUGCCCGUCCUCCAGUAUUCCGUCUGUAGCAGGAGCUAGAGCUACUGGCCCAGCUUCGGGAAAAGAGCAAACCUAACAUAGUUGUGUCAGUCAUUUUGUCUUUUUUUUUUUUUUUUUUUUGCCACAUUGGCAGAGAUGGGACUUAAGGUUUCCAUCCCCUCUCUCCCCUUAUAUGUUUUUGAGUUCUUUAGCAGUUGAAGCUGGUUGGACAGGUUUGAGUCAAAUUGUACUUUGCUCCAUUGUUAAUUGAGAAACUGUUUCAAUAAAAUAUUCUUUUCUACAGUU